CCACAGUUCAGGGCCACAUUCCGAAAUGGGUUCCAGGAGGGCAAUGAGCUCCGAUCUGCGGGCCAGAUAGAGAUGCCGAUCUGUGACUGGGAACCUGUGCCGUUUCUGCUACUGAUGGCUAUCUUUCACGGGCAGACUCGGUUAGUGCCACACUCUCUAUGCUUUAACUGGCUGAGAGAUAUGGCUGUACUUGUUGACUACUACCAAUGCUACGAAGCUGUUGCCAUGGCUUCUGAUCUGUGGACUAGAGAAUUUGGAAAAGAAGCAGUGGACAAUAGCUAGGGAGAAUCCCAUGGAGUGGCUAUGCAUCACAUGGGCUUUUAAAAAGGCUCAAGCCUUUGAAUUCGUAACGAAGCACAUCCAGCUAGAGCACACAGAAAAGAUCUUCGCAAAUAAACUGGCAAUCCCUGCUAAGGUCAUAGAUACGCUGCGGACGUCGAGGGAAGCAGGUAUUUGCAAUGUUAUUGACGUUCUUUACGACCUAUUCCAUCACUUGCGAUAUGGCCCGCAACUGUGUAACUUCGAAUGCGAUCUGAUGCGCCUGGCCGCACUUGUCAAAGGAAUGCAGGAGUUUGGGAUACUUUCGAAAACGCCCCAGCGACCGGCAGCUGGAUACAGUUUCUUGGAGCUGAGAACCGCGUGUCAGGACAUGGACGUAGAUUACUCAUUUCAUUGCUGUAAGCUGAUGCCACAGGUUCUUAAGGUUUUAGACAAGGAAUAUGAUUCACUGAAUCGUGGUCUCACCCUUGGAUCCUUUGCUCCUCUGGGAGGAAAGGCUUGAGCUUUGGUAGAGUGAAGGCGAAUCUCAUCUGCCGGGUCUGCAUCGAAAGUCGAGCUAUUUCUCAUUUUUCUAAUGUUUCGCCUUGUUCUUCUCUCUUUUUUGUCGCUUUUGGAUUUAUGAUUUGUUACCCUGUUCUGUACUGCAAGGGAUUCUGGUCAUUCAUUACAUUUUAUGGUCACUGCUGCUUUCUCA